CUCAUCUGUAUCUCCUCAUCAGGUCUACAAAAGGCUGUGUUGACCCUACACCCUGAAUGGGUCAGGGUGCUCCAGGAAGACAGUGUGACCCUCAGGUGCCAGGGUACCUACUCACCUGGGGACAAUUCUACCAAGUGGUACCAUAAUGGAACCCUCACUUCACAACAGGACCCCAGCUACUUCAUUGGAUCUGUCAAGGUUAAGGACAGUGGAGAGUAUAAGUGCCAGACAGCCCUCUCCAUGCCCAGUGACCCGGUGAACCUAGAAGUUCAUGUAGGCUGGCUGUUGCUUCAGACCUCUCAGCGGCCUGAGUUCCGGGAGGGGGACCCCAUUCGGCUGAAAUGCCACAGCUGGAGAAACAGACCUGUAUAUAAGGUCACCUAUUUACACAACGGCAAAGGCAAGAAGUAUUUCCAUAAGAACUCUGAACUCUACAUUCCAAACGCUACACAAAAUCACAGUGGUACUUACUUCUGCCGAGGGAUCAUUGGACGAAACAACAAGUCUUCAGAGACCUUGAGAAUCAUUGUAGGAGAUCCGAUAUCUCCGUCCACCUUUCUACCGUGGCAUCAAAUCACUUUCUGCCUGCUGAUAGGACUCUUGUUUACAAUAGACACAGUGCUGUAUUUCUCUGUGCAGAGGGGUCUUCAAAGGUCAACGGCAGUCUAUGAGGAACCCAAGUUGUACUGGAGCAAGGAACCUGAGGACAAGACCAUCUCAGAGGAAAAGCAAAGCUUCAGAUCUUCAAGGGCCAACAGUGAAAAGCCAGUGGAUACAUAGCUGCCCUCUGGACAAGUGAUGCCUCAGAGUUUGAUGCUUUCCCUGUCCCAAACAUUCCCUCAUUGCAAAAGAGCAGCCUGGGCUCUGGAUGGUGGCCCUUUCAGUGCUUAACAAUUGUUCCUAAAUAAACCUCUGUAGAAAAGUGAA